AUGAGUGAUCCAAGUACUUUAGCAAACUCUACGGAGGACCUCGAGGGCAAAGCAUUUACAGAAACAAAAAAGGAAGAGAUUAAGCAUCCUCAUAAAUAUAUUAAUGAUGUUGAUGGUGGAUACGGGUGGAUUAUCUGUUUUGCUACCUUUCUUCUAGUCUUUUCAACGUGGGGUUUGAACUCUGCCUAUGGGAUAUACUAUGCUUAUUAUUUAAAUUCUAAUCACUUUCCAGGAGCUACAGUAUUGCAAUACUCUGCUAUAGGGGGUAUGUCAUUUGGAAUUGGUUUGUUCUUUGCUCCUGUCAUUAAUUACAUUCAAGGGUUGUUAGGAACGAGGCCAACCAUUGUUUUAGGAGGUUUAAUGCAGUUUGCUGCAGCUUUUAUGGCUAGUUAUGCCGUUAAUAUUUGGGAGCUUAUAUUGACCCAAGGUUUAUUACAAUCCUUCGGACUUGCUUUCAUAAGUCUUCCAGCCUUGACUUUGACAUCCCAAUGGUUCCAAAAAAAGAGAGUACUUGCUAAUCUGCUCACAGUUACUGGAAGUGGUGUAGGAGGAAUUGUCUUUAAUUUAAGUUUGCAGAGAAUAAUAGAAGUUAAAAACGUAAAUUGGGCGCUUAGAACUCAGGGUAUCAUAAGUUUAGUAUUGGUAUUAUUUGCUGCUGCACUUAUCAAAACAAAGUCAAAACAUCAUAAGGUUGAGUUCACAAUUGUAGAUAAAGAUUGUAUCCAAUGCGCAGGUUUCUGGAUGAUCUGUUUCUAUUUGAUUGUUUGCAUGUUUGGUUACGUGGUUGUGAUGUUUUGUUUGAGUGAUUUUACAAUUUCUCUCGGAUAUUCAGAAUCUCAGGGCUCUGUUGUAGCUACAAUGCUUCAAGUCGGAAUGGUGAUAGGAAGGCCUACAGCAGGAUAUUUGUCUGAUUACUUAGGUCCCUUAGCUGUCACUUCAGCUGCUUACUAUUUGAGUGCUUUAUUCACUUUAACAAUGUGGGUUCCUGCUAAAAACUAUGCAACAGCAGUUGCUCUAGGUUUAGUUCUUGGGUUGUUUGUGGGGACAGUUUUCUCUACUGCUGCUUCCAUUACCGUAAGAUUGGUCAGUAUUUCCAAAUUGAACGUGGCUUUUUGUAUGCUGUGGAUGUUCUGCGGUGCAUCUGCCUUGUUCUCUCAAUUAAUUGGUACUGCCAUGACUACAGGUAGCGGGAAAGGUGAAUAUAGGAAUACUGCGAUUUUCUCCGGAGUUUCUUUUUUCGCAGCUGCAACAACUAUACUUGUUUUAAGAGGGUAUAUCAUUUCGAGAGAUAAGAUAAUAGAACAGAUGACAGAAGAAGUUCACGAGUUAAAGGUUAGAGUUCCCCCAGGAACAGUCCUUGUAAACUGCUUUAAGUGGCCAAAAAAGAGGGCUUGA